UCCUCUCUACAAAGGGAAAGUUAGCAGGUGUGAGUGCAAAAUCUGCAGAGAGAUUGGUUAGUUAAAUGUGCCUGGGGAGGAGAUUAGAAUUAUUCAGGUUGAAAUGAUACAAGGGGUGAGACAAUAAGAUAACAAUCUGCCAAAUACAGGGCAGCGUGAUAAGGAGGACUGUAUGAUAUUUUCUCAGCGAUCCAAGGAACAUAAAUAUUUUGGCCUGUGUUUUUUUCUCUUCCUCCUUGGAUAUCUAAGCUGGAGUCAUCCCGCCUGACGAUCAAAAGGACCCUCAAGAAACAGAGAGGGCUCAAAAGCUUGGUGAGACUUAUCCAGGACCUUCUCAUGAAUCCUCCUUUAUGAUUGAAAAGAAUUAUAUGGAUCCACGAUAUCUCCUGGCCCCCACUUGGACUUGUGUUGAAGAACAAAAAAGAAAUGGAGUCAAAACACCGAGCAGCUGAGAAAGCUGGAAAAAGGAGCCGUUGGGGAACCUGGGCACGAACCGGGCAGAAGACCCCAAAGGAGGAAGCCAUCACUUCAGAGAUCCAGCGCUGGAGCUUCAGGAAUGUCCACUACCAGGAAGCCAAAGGACCACGAGAACUUUGCAGCCAUCUCCAUCGUCUUUGUCAUCGGUGGCUGCAGCCAGAAAGACGCACCAAGGCCCAGAUGUUGGAUCUGGUACUUCUGGAGCAGUUCCUGGCUAUCCUGCCCCCAGAGAUGGAGAGCUGGGUGCGGGAGUGUGGGGCAGAGACCAGCUCCCAGGCGGUGGCCCUGGCCGAAGGCUUCCUCCUGAGCCAGGCAGAGGAGCAGAAGGAGCAGGGAGAACUGCAGAUUCUGGAGAUGAUCGCAGAACAUCCCAUGAGAAGGAAAGAUCUGUCCAAUCCCAUUCAGGAGCUGCUUCCCACAGUCACCUCCCAGAAAGAUGAAAAUUGGGAUACCUCUCGAGGGAACAGAAUGAUGUCGCUGGUCUUUGUAGGGGCAUCUCCUUUUUCUGCUGGCGCUGAGAGAAUAGCUGGAUCGCCAGCUCAGGUAGUAGCUUAAUUCUUUUCUUCCAGCCCACCAGUGGCUCCAACCAAGAACACAUUCCCCAGGAAACCAGGGAGAAGUGGAAAGUGGGUUGUGUUUUGUGCGCCUGUCGACGGCAGCCAGAGAGAUCAUGAGGGUGUUGUAUUGACCUUGGGGACUGGUGCAUAG